CCGUCAAGGGCCAAGGAUUUGCUAGCUCUUCCAUGCUUGGUGGUACCGGUGUCGAUAACGUUGUUUAAGUCGUUAAGAAAGGGAGUCUUGAUUCCUAUUGUGGAAAGGGAAACGUUUUAUUCGCACUCCAGUCGAUGUAUUUUCCUCCUCGAUUGUACUUAAAAAACUCUCACCGUGAAGGAGAGGUUUUUUUUAUAUAGUUUAUAUAGAUAUAAUUGAAAAAAUGGCAAACAUACUCGAACCAAGUUUUUUAUUUUUUUGAAAGUGGUGGUAAUAAGUUGUCUGGGUCAGGGCAUGAAUUUGGUUGGCUUGGCCACAGUCAUUUUUGUUCUCAUUCGUGCCCCGCCGUCCAAAGUGUCUGUCUUGUUGUUAUUGAAUUACACCAUUCAUCAUGGACAAAUUGAGAGAAGUAAGAUAAAAAUCAACAUAUCUGUAGAGAGAUGGUGCUUCCAGCAUCCCAGAUUAACUUUGUCCCUUGUUUGUCAUCAGAAAUUAGCCUCCCUUCGUGCUGAGGUCGACAGCGCAAACGCACGCGCUGAAAAGAUGGAAGCCAAGAUUGCUGAACUUGAGUCUGACCAUAACAAGAAGGAUGACGAGAGAACAAACUUGACUGAGAGAGCCAAGAACCUUGAGGAAAAGCUUGAAGAGGAUGAGGCACAACUCAAGACUACCACUGCCAACUUCCAGGAGGCUGACUUGAAGGCUGAAAGACUUCAAAAGAGCAACCAUCGCUUGGAAAUCGAGAUCGCUGAACUCGACAAGAAGAUCAAGAAUGUUGAAGAGAAAGUCCAGGCUUCACAGGCUGAGAUGGAGGAACUUACCAGCGGUCUUGACAACGUCUAACCGUCUCGUUCUUCUUUGUCCAAGUGUAGCCUUGUUUUACUUUUUUUUUUUGCCUAUGUGUGGGGAAUUUAACAGGUGACAUCUAUGUAUUUCUUGCAACAAGAUCUUUCCUCCACCAAAUCCGUGUUAUACCUUUUUGAAUAUAAGGGAAGCUAUGAGCCUUCUGUUACCCUUUAGCCCA